CGGCGGCACUGGAGUUAAGUGGAGCAGACGGCACAGUUGAAGGUGGGUGUUGCGGCGGCAAGGUCAGGGGGAAGGUAAAUGAGCCAAGCUAUGGCAAAGAGGGGGAGGCUAAUGGGCCAACAGAUGGGGACAGAGGUAGGUUACAAAGGGACGAGAGGAGGCGAGUUCAGCAGGUGUUUAGGCCGAAAGAGGGUCUGGCGGUGGAGAGGGCAGGAGGGAAUUGUGCAGCAGAGCAUCCGCAGACAUCACUUGCUCUUGAUGAGGAAAGGAAUGGGGUGGCGGCAGGUUCAGAUGUGGAUAUGGGGACAUCUGGGGUGAGAUCGAACGCACUACAGCAGAGGAAAGGUGGUGCGGAGGAGUCCAACGCAUCUGAUGGGGUGCCGUUGUGUCUUCCGCGACUUCUGGUGGCUAAGGAUGACGAGCAGGAUGCGCUCUGCGCUUGCGAGGUCGGGCAGGAUGUGGAGGAAGGUGAGAUGGCAGUCGGUUGUCUUGUGGUUGAGGAGGUUAUCCAGAAUGCUGCCGAACAGGAGAUCGAACGGAUUGCUGAUUUGGUAUGUGAUGAAAUGGUGGAGGCGCGGUUGGAUGAGGCUUUGGAGGAAGAGGAGGAGGGAAUGGAGGAUCAAGCACAGCAGCAGAUGCGUGGGGGCCAAGGAAACUUGUCCUCCUCAGGGGAGUAUGUACCAGCAGCGGGUAAUUUAUCUCCACGGGGUACGGCGCUGGCGGAGGGAAUUGGUGCGGUUGAGAUGGGAAGGCCUUUGGAGCAGCCUCGGCAGGUUCAUGAUGAUUCGUUUCGAGUGGUCACAGGCAAGUCAAAAGGCGUGCGCGCAAGGUUUCCCUCUGAUAGGGCCCUGCGAUCUACGGUAAGGGCUUCUCAAAAUUCUUUCCAACCUUUACCUCAUGAUUAAUGCAUUGUUCUGGAAUAUAAGGGGUAUGGUUAAAGCAUCCCAUUUUCGUAGGCUCAGAAAAUUAGUUGUAUCUCAUAACAUUCAACUGUUAGUUGUAUGUGAAACGCAUGUCCGGAUGUCGUUAGCAGAGGAUUUUCGGGUUAGACUGAAGUUUGAUUAUGUGAUUUCCCACUCUGCGGGGCUGUUGUGGGUGAUUUAUAAGUCUCCUUUUUGUUGUUCUUUCAUGGGUGACGGUGCUCAAUUUUUAAAUUUAUCUGUGCAACAUCCCGGGUUGGUGAGUUCGGUGUCCUUCUCGACGGUACAUAUGGCCACCACUGGGGAGGAAUGGCAGGCUCUUUGGGCGUGGUUGCUCCAAUGCAAACCCUCACACGGCCCCUGGCUGGUGUGUGGCAAUUUUAAUGUUGUUAUUGGGGAGGAGGAAAAGAAGGGGGGUCGUUCGUUUACAGUAGCUGAGGCCAUUGAUUUUGUGACUUUCAUGAGUUCUGCUGGAUUGGUAGAUGGCGGUUUUUCAGGUUCACGUUUUACCUGGUGCAAUAAUCGCCAUGGUCAAGCUAUGAUCGAGAAACGUUUGGACCGCUUAUUGAUGAAUGUGGAGUGUUUUGAUGCUGGUCUGUCAAUUAGUGUUACUCAUUUGGAACGUCAUCCCUCCGAUCAUGCACCAUUGUUACUAUCCGCUGGUACAAGGUUGGAUGGCAAACCCCAUAUGUUUCGAUUCAUCAAUGCUUGGGCGGAUCGUGAGGAUUUUUUGGAGGUGGUGAGAGAGUCAUGGCAACAAGAGUGUGGUGGGCCUCCUAUGCAUGUGCUCUGCUCUAAGUUACAGAGACUCAGGCGGCAUCUUCAAUUGUGGAACAAGGACCGUGUGGGGAAUUUUUCAGACAAUGUAGCAAAGGCAGAAGAGGAGGUUGGAAGGUUAGAGAGAAGAUUAGAGGAUGGGGGGUCGGAGGAGGUGCAUGUGGAGCUCCAGUAGGCUCAGGCCUCAUUCAAACGUGCGUUAGCCAUGGAGGAGUCACUGUGGAGGCAGCGAGCUCGGGUUAAAUGGCUGGCCUUAGGUGAUCGUAACACUCAGUUCUUUCAUUCGGUGGUAAAGCAACGGCGUAUGACCUCCAUUAUUCAUUGGAUUCAGAAGCCUGAUGGGGGAUGGGUUAAUGAGGAUGUGCUCAUUGGCGAGGAGGCGGUGCGGUAUUUCUCAUCCUUAUUCUCAUUGGAUGAUGCUCCUGGGAUGCGGGAUGUAACUGAUGUUAUUCCCCGUUUGGUAUCUAUGGAGGACAAUGAGCGGUUGGAGGAGGUUCUGGCCUUGGAGGAAGUCCGGCAAACAGUUUGUGAAAUGGAUGGAGAUAGUGCUGCAGGUCCUGACGGGUUCUCUGGCCGGUUUUUCUCUGCUGUUUGGGAGAUACUUGGGUGAUGUGUAUAACGCUGUCCAGAGUUUCUUUUGCGGCGCGGAGCUUCCCAGGCGGAUCACUGCUACAUCCAUAGUGUUACUCCCGAAGGUGCAACAAUCGAAGGAUUUCUCACAGUUUCGCCCAAUUAGUCGGGUUCUUUGGUGAUUAAGGAUAAUACUCGGAAGAACAGUUUGGACGUUAUUUUACGUAAAUAGGGGAAGGCGAGCCAGGACGGGAGCUUUGUAU